AUGCCAUCUCCUAGUUUUACGACUCCAGAAAACGUUCCUUCAACAAGUCUCCCCAGCGAUAGUGGCUAUGUAACGCCCAAACCUAAGACCCCUUCCUUUCUAGAGAGGUUAACGUCGAAAAUUAGGACCCCUUCUUUCGAACCCAGUCGAGCGAGAUCAUCAACUUUGACCGAGGUUCCUCCUACUCCAUUAAAACCCACUACUAGUUUUGAUCAACCCUCUCCUACUGCAUCCUUCAGCACUCCCAAAGCACAGACUCUACCACCCCCGCCAUAUUUCUUACCCACUCCACCACCAAGUAAAGAGAAACCAGUCAAGUGGAUAAGUUAUCAAAAUGCUCAUAAAUAUAAAGAUGUAGUGAAGCCUCCACGACGUUCAGAACGAUUGAGAGCAAUCGCGAAGUGGGAAAAUUUCUAA